UUCUUAAUUAAACAUAAAUUUGUUUUUGAAAUCAUCAAACAUUAACACGGUUGAUCAAACUAAUGGCUGCGUUGGGGGAGAUCAUGGGUCUGCUGAGGAUUCACGUGAAACGGGGAGUAAACCUUGCCGUCCGUGAUGUCCGUACCAGCGACCCUUACAUUAUUUUCACGAUGGGCAACCAGACAUUGAAGACUAGAGUAAUAGAUAUGGAUGUUAAUCCUGUGUGGAAUGAAGAUUUAACUCUUUCCAUUACAGAUCCUGAUAUGCCAAUCCAUCUUAUUGUGUACGACUACGACAGAUUCAGCAUGGACGACAAAAUGGGUGAUGCGGAGUUCAGUAUUAAGACGUUCAUACAAGCGUUGAGACUGGACUACGCAGACUUCCCGAACGGAACGAUAUUAUCGAAAGUGCAACCGUGCCGGACAAACUGCUUGGCAGAAGAGAGCAGCAUCGUAUUGAGGGAAGGGAAGGUUGUUCAAGACCUUUGCCUCAGAUUGAGAAACGUGGAGUGCGGUGAAAUAGAACUUCAACUCGAGUGGAUCGACCUCCCUGGUUGUAAAGGCCUUCGAUAAACUUCCAUAAAACAUUUCUGCCUACCUGCA